AUGAAUGAUAUUUUCGGUGAACUGUUGGAUGAGUCAAAGGAAAGGUUUUGGAAGGUCGUAGAUCCUUCAAUUCAUAAGGUUCUACGUCGUGAAAUUACAUACGUAAUUCCAAAGCAUCAACGAAAAGGCAUCGCUAAUUAUCUACUACAUCUUGGAUUAGAUUUUGAGGAGUUGAAGAAACAAGGUGUCCAAGGAAUUGCAUCUGAGGCGUCAUCGUUAGCCAAUCAAAGGUUAUUGGCUAAACAUGGCUACAAAUGCAUUUAUAAGCCUGAAUAUAAACUCGAUAUGCACGAUGGUACGGAAGGCAUAAUGGUUUUCUUCAAGGACCUUCGAAACUAA